AUGCGACUGGGAAGAGCGUCUUUUGUUUGUGCACAUUGCACUGCGCGGCUUGGUGGGCGGCCAUUGCUCUCCACUGCGCGCUUGUCAGCAUCGCUGUGGCAACAUCCCCGGCGUCUGAAUAGCGAUGUCGCUUCAACGCGGCCAUUCCGGGUUGCCAUUGUGGGCUCUGGGCCGGCGGGAUUCUACGCUGCCUCUCGUCUGCUGGCCAAACAACACAAUACAGUGGUGGAUAUGUACGAGAAACUCCCGGUUCCAUUUGGUCUGGCUCGGUACGGUGUAGCCCCAGAUCAUCCUGAGGUUAAGAAUUGUGAAGAUAAGUUUACAGAGGUUGCAUCCUCUCCGCGUUUCAACUUUGUUGGAAACGUUGAUCUCGGGAAUGAUCUACCGCUCUCCAGCCUCAAGCCACACUAUGACGCCAUUCUCUUCGCCUACGGAGCUUCCAAGGAUAAGGAAUUGGGGAUACCAGGAGAGCAGGCUCUCCGUAGCGUCUACUCGGCACGUGCUUUUGUCGGCUGGUACAAUGGUCUCCCCGAGCACCGCGAUCUGGAGCCGGACCUAACCAGCGGGGAAGACGCUGUGAUCGUGGGCCAAGGCAACGUGGCGCUCGAUGUGGCCAGGAUUCUGCUUUCCGACGUGGAUGCUCUUCGGAGCACUGACAUCACCGACUAUGCUCUAGAGACAUUGUCUAAGAGCCGCAUCAAGCGGGUGCGCGUCGUCGGUCGCCGUGGACCUUUGCAGGUCGCAUUCACUAUCAAGGAAGUUCGUGAACUUUUGAAUCUUCCCUCUGUCUCAUUCGAUCCGAUACCAGGGGAUAUCAUGCCCCCGGAAUCGGUCAUAUCUGCCCUUCCCAGGGCACAGAAGCGCCUUAUGCAGCUGCUUGCCAAAGGCUCCACAAAUGACCCAAAGACGGCAACCAAAUCCUGGUCUCUCGACUUUCUUCUUGCGCCAGAGUGCCUGCACUGGUCGCCUAUGUAUCCCUAUCACCUAUCACAUGUCAAGUUCUCCCGCAACGAGCUUGACCCAUCUGACCCGUAUAACCCCAGCUCCAAAGUCUCUCCCAAGCUCAUGGCCAGUGGGGAACGCGCUCGGGUCAACCUCCCUGCCAGCGUAUUUUUCCGCAGUGUCGGUUACAAGUCGCUUCCGCUGCCGGGGCUUGAAGACCUGGGGGUUCAGUUUGACACCAACCGUGGGGUGAUUCCCAACGAUGGAUUUGGCCGCGUUACUAGCCUCUCGAAAUUGGGGGAGGACCGGCAGCUACCUGACGGCUCGCUCAUCUCCUACGUACCUGGUCUAUACUGUGCCGGCUGGGUCAAGCGCGGUCCAACUGGCGUAAUUGCCUCGACCAUGACUGACGCCUUCACCACUGCCGAUGCGAUUGUUAAAGAUCUGGCAGACAGUCAAGGUUCCUUGCUGCAUGCACCUGGCCAAAGCAGUGGGCUAGGCUGGGAUGGGGUACGGGCCGAGGCUGAGUCUCGUGGUCUCCGCGCGACAUCGUGGCAAGACUGGCAGCGCAUCGAUGCCGUGGAGCGAGAGUGUGGUCAGAACAAGGGCAAGGUUCGCGAUAAGUUUGGACGUGUACAAGAGAUGUUGGAUGUGAUAUUAAAGUAA